AUGUAUGAGGGUGGUUCAAAGUGGCGGUGGAGUUGGAGGCGCCCACUUUUUGCAUGGGAAGAGGAAAAGUUGGUUGAGUUGGCUAAUAGGUUGGCCUCGGUAGUUUUGACAGAGGCUCACCCAGAUGAAUGGCGUUGGUUAGCCGAAAGGUCAGGGAAAUAUUCGGUGGCAUCUGCUUAUAAGAUUUUAGCAAAGUCAAACCAUGUUCAAGUGGACACUUUUUAUGAUACGAUAUGGGCCAAAGGUAUCCCUCCUAAGGUUCAAGUUUUAGUGUGGCAGUUGGAAGCGGACAGGUUACCUACCCGGGAUAACCUCCUUUUGAGAGGGGUUAAUCUAGAAGGACAAAAUGGUUGUGUUUUUUGCGAAGAAGGCUCGGAGUCCAGCAAGCAUUUGUUCCUCUUGUGCCCAAAGGCUUAUGCUGUUUGGGUCAGAUUAUACGCUUGGUGGGGAGUGUCAGGGGUGCUUAUCAACGAACUUAGGAGUUUUUGUCAUCAAUAUAUGGGAUUGGUGAGUGGCAGUAAGGGUAUUAAGCGAGUUUGGUCCUUUGUUUGGUUUGCAGGUAUAUGGCAGUUAUGGAAGGCUCGAAAUGAGAACAUUUUCAAAGACAAACUCUUUAAGGUGGAAGAGAUCGUGUUCAUGGCACAGUUGAGAUCGUGGGAAUGGUGUACGGCUGCUAGAAUGGUGUCUUCUUCUUUUCCAGAAUGGUUGAUGAACCCAUUGUCCUGUGCAAGUGUCCCUUAA